AUGAAUCGAGACGGCGGCGAGGGCAGCCGUCCUCGGGGCAACCAGACUCCGACCCGCCAGAAGCCGAAGAAGCCACGACCCAUCCAGGAGCCAUACCUCGUCACCGCGCCGCCGAGCAGUCUCCGCACUCCACCAUCAGAUGAUACUGGCUUAAUCCUCCCUUCAACCUAUGCGCGCAGCCUGCGACCGCCGCUCACAUCUAACGCCAGCGGCUCGGGGAGGAGCUAUGCAGCCAACUUUCUGUCCCCGCCGGCGAUCAUGGCGAUGCCCUCCGCCUCAAGACCCUUGUCAUACCCGGGGCCAUCGAGGGGGUACGCUGCUAGCUUGAUCUCCCCGCCGGCGAUUAUGCCUGGUGGGCGGCCGAACGAGCCCCUCCAAUAUGGGCGGACGACGCCGCGCGGGCGCCUGGGAUCACAUCCCAACAUCAGCCAGCCCAGCCUGCGCCCCACGUCCUCAAAUCCGAGUCCUAACGAGGGAGAGAGGCCCAGAACACCGACACGCCGGCGCAGGCUGCGUGCCGUCCAGGAGUCCAUUCGACGGCGGCCGCGCGCUGAUACCGUCAACUCGGUCGAGGAAGGGCGGGCGCUGGGCCUGGCUCGCGGCGCUAGCAUGCGGAGGGUCAACGUCUGGGAUGAUAUCCCCACUGUGGAGGCACAGGCUGAAGAACCGCCACCGCCGUUUCCAUUUCCCACAGCAUCAAACUUGCGCGCACCGCCGACGUUCGAGCGCUUGCUCCCAGUACCGGAGACACCGCCGCCGUCGUUUGACGUCGCGCUUGCGAGCCCUCUUGACGCGUCGGUGCCGGCAUCAUCAUUCCAACCACCAUCACCGCGUCCCCUUGCACCACCACCAGGUCUUUCACCAUUGCCAUCUCAUGAGCCCACACACACCACUACCCCAACGCCCGCAUCACAUCGCUCCCUCACCACGCCUGCGAUCAUUGACACGCCGUCCUCCCCUGAACCCUCGUCGAGUUCUGAUGAAGGGGUUGCGGACGACCGACCGGACCGUCGGCAAUGGAACGCGGAUAUCCUUGCCGGAUAUACCCUCGCGGAGCGGGUUGCGCGCGAAACCACCCGCUUGAAGGCGCGGACUCCCCGAGUCGAGGCGGCCCCGGAUGCGGAAGCGCAGCGACUGGAGGCGAUAGGGGAGAGGAGACGGGAGGCGAGCAGAGAAGAGGAGGAGAGGAGACAAGAGGAGGAAAGGAGAAAGGAGGAGGAGCGUAGAGAGGAGGACGCGUGGCAAGAGGAAGACGCGAGGCAGAGAGCAGCGGCUGAGAAGGCUGAACGAGAAGCUAGCGAAGCUGAGGCUCGUCGGGUGGCUGAGGAAGCAGCUCACCGGGAAGCUGCCGCUGUUGCGAAACGCCAAGUCCAAGCUGAAGCGGCGCGUCAAGCGGAGGAAAUGGCCCGCCAGCGACGGCAGGAAGAGGAGGCAGCUCGCCUCCGCCGACGGGAGGAGCGUGAAGAAGCCCGGCGUGCCGCUGUGGCCGAAGCUGAGCAUCGGGCUGCAACUGCCGCAGCCGUACGUCAGGCCCAGGAGGAAGCCCGCCAGCGUCUCAAGCUCGCCGAAGAGGAAUCACGCCGCGCCGAGGCCGAAGCUGCAGCUGUCCGAGAGAGGGAGGAAGCAGAUGCAAAAGCACGCCGCGCCGAGGCUGCUGCUGCUGCGAUGCGCCGGUACGAGGUCGAUGAGGCGCUGCGCGAAGCUGCGGUCGCUCACCCCGUGUCCUCACCAGACCUCGAUGCUGCACGGCAUGAGUUGGCGCAUCGGCUCGCUGGGAGGAUUGGAGCACGCGAGGAGAUUGUCGCUAUGGCAAAAGCGGCGCUGGCGAAGAAGGCGCGCCUGGCGACGUCGGGCAAGGAGGAGGGUCUGCAACCCACGUUGCCAGCGCAGUGUUUCCAUGACGGUCUGGUACGGGCCGAGGACCCCGGUGUCGCCUAUGACCUUGUCCUUGCGCCGCCCACAUCCAAGACACCAGCGAGCCAGGUUGCGGCGAGCCAGCCCAUUAUGACGACGCCACCACGCAUGGCGAGCACAUCUCCGAGAGCUUUCGUCACGCCUACGCAGCCCCUCUUUUCAUCACCCGCCCAACCAUACAGACAUCAGGUACAGCCGUCGACGGAGAUACUGGAGAGCCCACCACACGGCCAGCAACCAAAGGCGGAGGGGCUGGGCCUCAGGGGCGUGAACCAGCGGUGCCCAUCAUACCCGGCCCAGUCGCCACCUCUCGGUUCUCACCCGCCUGCAAACUAUGUGAACGAGUACCCCCCGAUGGCGCCCGCUCAGCCCGCGCGCGCAACGCCGACGCCGACGUCAACGGCCCGACGCGCGUCUGUCACCGAAUCGCCGGUGUUCGGAAACGUGCUCUCGAAAUCCCCGUCAGUCUUCUCGUCGUCGCCUGCAGCGUCGCCGAACUUGGACCUCCACUCGCGCAGUCGCACGAGCUCGUCCUCCAGCUGGGGUCCACGGCCACAGCUCACCUCGCGCUCCAGCUCUGGCUCUGUCAACUCCAAAGCUACAAGACGGCUGAGUGGUCCCCGGCCUAUGUGUAAAAAGGACAGGGCAGCCUUGGCCAGCUUACCAGACGUGGCGCCCCUGCCGACCCCGCCGCCCUUACGCACUACCUCUGCGGGCCGAUCGACGUUGGAGGUUAUCGCCGGACUGACGCCGCCCUCGAACAUACCAACCUCCGUCCCAACGCCUGCGCUGCCUAUGCCUACACACUCGCCUUCUCGGCCUACGUCAGCCUUACGCUCAUGCGCUGAACCCAAUCCCGCUAAGCCGACCUCGGAGCCAACUUCCAUCCCCAGUUCUCCCCGCCCAUCUGAAACCGCGGCGACUCAGUCGCGUCCACAGAGCAGCAUUAUCUCAAUUGACAGCCACGCACCGCGGUCGCGCUCGAGCUCGGUAUCAGGUCCGCGCCCGAUGCAGAAAUCUCGCAAGUCAUCAGGCUCCCAUUCUCAGUCGAGCGACGCACCGCCAGUCCCCGUUAUCCCUGCUCGCCAUCGGACUGGCUCCGCGACCGCUGUCGCGCUGAGGGACUAUCGUUUUCCCUCGGAUGGAGCGGAGUCGACCCAGUUGCCACAGCAGGUCCAGGAAUCUCUGCAGGCUCCGGUGCAGUUCAGCCCAGCAUUGACGACUUCUCCACGUGAAGAGUUCAAGCCUAUACAGCCGCAGAAGAGAAGCGACAGUCUCUCGGCCUCGGACACGUCAGGCCACUUCCGCCAACCAUCUCAGUCAUCGGCAUUGACGCCCUCCAAGUCACCCACUAGCAACGUACCCAGCAAUCCGUCCCAUAACAGUCGCAGCACCUCCACGGUACCUCCUCUCUCGUCGUCCUUGUCGCAGACACAGUCCCAUGUGGUGUCGGUGUCACAGACGCCCCCACUCGCCCAGAGGCCAGACCAAGCGCACGUCCGAACGGACAGCGACGUCCUACCGCCGCCAGUGCCACCAAAGGACGAAUUAUUCCCCCCUGGUCACAGGCCCUCUGCCGAGUCAUCCUCUCCAGCUUCAGGUGGAGCGUAUCGGACUCAGGCUCAGUCUUCGCAUAAAGACACCAGUGAGAACCAGGUGCAACCUGUGCCAUUCAACAGACUUUCUGUCGGGAUGGGCCGUGACUCACGCUACGAUCUGCUCAAGCACGUCCUAAAUCCAACGGAUUCUGUGGCAACAUCUCAACAGAACCGGAAUGGGACGGAGAGUGGCGAGACGGUGGAGCUCAUCCAGGAGCUCGACCCAAUCGAUAGCAAAGGGAAGCGUCCCGCCAACGGCGCACGGUCGUCCACGCCGGAUUUGAAUGGCCUCCUGGAGUCGUCUUCUGCGCUCCUUGAGCUACUUGAUGAGGGCGCUGAGACGUCAGCGAAGGGAGCUGCAAGGGCCGCAGCCCGCCGGGCACUUGAAGGCGAGCUCGCGCAACAGCGCGAGAUCGAGCGCCGCAUCCACGAGCGUUCGGAACAGGACACCAGUCAGGAUCACGCACUCGCUCUGGCUUUGCAGGACAGCCAGGACAGCGAAAACCCGAGCACGGCGAACGACGAAGCACUUGCGGCGCUGCUGGCCGAUCUGCAGGCCGAUGUCGGACCCAAUACACAGGACCGAGAACGUGUGCAGCCACCCGCAAAGCAGUGGCCUGCGCUCUCAUUCAAGGGCAAGGAGCGCGGCCCUCCACCCAAGCCCAGCAGACCACCUCCACCCAAGCCGCCUCGUAACGAGAGGGAGUGGUUGCCGCGCGCCGAAGAGGUGAUCUCUGCUCCAGCGGAAUCCAGCGUGUACACUGGACGUGAGCCAGUCCCGCCCCACAAGCGCGACACGCAGUACAUGCUCGCGUCGUUCCCGAUUCCACCGUUGCCUAGUCGUGCGAACGUACCGACUCCGCCACCACCUCAGCUGCCGCCCAUCACGCCGUCACGGCCGCUGAGUCAGUUCCCACCGUCACGGCCCGAAAGCCAGUUCAUCCCUUCCGGCGCGCCACCCCUUCCUACGCCGCCUGUGGCACCAGCACUAACACCCCAACCCGCUGUCCAUCCGCCACCGACCACCCGCCCCGUCCCACCGCCACCGCCCCCCCUGAAGACGCGCCGGCCACCACCACCUCCCCCACUCCCGCGACAGAGCCACGAAGCACAGAGCCACGAAGCGCCUUUCAGGCCCCUCACGGUCCCGCCAAUCCAGCUCGACGACGGGCCAGUCUCGCAGCCCCACGACCGGCUCCAGUCGCCGCUCUCAAUGUCUUCAGCGUCGUUCUCUCCCCUCGAUGAUCCCAGGCACGACCACGAAACGAGCGGGUCUGCGAGCUCUCUAUUGCGUACCGCGUCUCGUGCUCGCCCUCGUGGACGCCGUGACCCUCCGCCUGUCCCUCCUCGUCCGUGGUCGAGGAUCGUGGAAAGCCAACCUGGCAACCCAUUGCCACACAACCCCGACGAUGCACCGGGACGGCCCGGCGCACCUAAUCUACCACCGAUUCGCCUCUCGGUGGAACACGACCCCCCGCUGCAUGACAACUCGCGUCGCAGCUCUGCCGCCGACCUCGAAAGCCGCCGCAACUCUGCUGGCCUGGACCACAGACACAACCGCCUUAGUGUCGACCUCCCCUCCCUGCGUCGGGGCUCAUCGUCGUCCAGCAUGUUCGCUGGCCUGAGACUCGACGCUCAGGGUCAACUGAUUGAGGAGGAGCGCGCGGCCUCGACACUAGCCGAGACCGUGACUACCGAGACCGUGGUACCGCCCCCGGCACUGCCUGAAGCGCCUGGCGCAGUCCCUUCUGAGCCCCGUCAGGCCGGCGAGCGAUGGGCCGAAGUCACCGAUGUCGACCUGUACGCUUCGCUCGUCAUUGGCGGUGCAAACGAGUACGAGGGUCUGAACCACCUCAUAGACUUCCUCGGGCCUGCCAAGGCACCUGGCGCGACGCCCGAUGAGCUCGCGACACUCGUCCCGGCGCCCGUGGUCGUGGACAGUCGCCGGGUCAACGCCGCCGGCAAGGUCAAGAUCAAGUUGAGCGUCCUGGGCGUGCGCGUCACCAACUGCCCCGUAUGUCUGGCGCAAUACCGAGGCGACGAUUCAGCUGUGCUCUUCCCGUGUGGUCACAUAUCACACGACAGCUGCGCUCGGAGGUGGUUGCGCGAGAGCGACGCGUGCAUGGUGUGUCGCAACAAGCUGAUUGACGACGGUGAAUAA